AUGGUUCUCAGCGCUGUCCCAUUGACCGACACUGCUGCCACGGGCACUCUAUCCGUGGCGACGCUAGUCGAGGAGGCGCUCGAGCAGUGCAAGGCCGAGAUGGCACAGCCGAGCGACAAGUUUGACAUUCUUUCCUGCACGGCGCAGCAGAGGUGGCUGGUGUCAAAGGCAGUCGAGGCUUUCCAGACGCUCAAGUGGCGAAAGUCUCCCGCGAGUCUUCGUGAGUGGUCGUGGAGGAACCUGGCAGGCAUCCACAGGACUAGCGACGGGGACCUGCCGUGGUUUUCGGCCGAUAUCAUUGCGUUGAAUGAAUACGGCACCCACAAUAAGCGCAGGUUCGAGCUCAGAACGACUGAUGACCUUGUUCCUUUCUCUACCGAACUGCAGCAUAUGAGGCACUUCCUGGGUUUUCGUGUCGCGGAUCUUUGUGCAUUCAUGGCUGCCAUUCUUCCCGCGCCGGGCGAGCAGCUAACGGAGACCAGGCUGAUAUCUGCACCGCCGACAAUCUCUGUUUGGGGCUCUUGGAGGACCAACAGUAAGGUUUGGUCUAGUGUCGUGGCCUUCUCUGACGAGGUCGCCGCGAGCACGUAUGCCGACCAGCUCCACACUCUCCUCGCCGACAGGUACGCGGCGACCAUUGGGAAGCUGGGUCACCACUGGGUCGAGGGCUGCUACUACGCCUAUCUCCUGUCCCUCAAUGACGCGCGGAUGCAUUUGCUUUAA